GACAACAGUCCGAAGAUAAUAAAUUUAGUCCCACUUCCUGCACAAAAAACGUCAUUUUGUUGUAUAUUUAGAUUUUGUUUGCUCAUCUACUAAUGAUCUACACGUAGCUUUACAGUAUAGACUGCGGCCAGAGCCCAGGUACCGGUACUCAGCAUGUCGUCCCCAGCUUACAAACCUCUUCAUAAUGUCUGCGACGAUGGAGUGGAAAGUGCAGAGAUGUUGUUUCAGUCAUUUCCAGGGCAGACGUCAUUAUCAAUUCCAUCAUUCCCACCAGCCGAUACCACCAUCAUCACCUCCAGUACCCAACCUAAGGACUACCAGAUUUUUGCCAUCUUCGUCACCCUCUUCUGCUGUCUCCCGCUGGGGGUCCUGGGAAUUUUCAAGUCCAGCGAGGUAAGAAGACGAGCCGCCAUGGGUGACACCUUUGGUGCCCACCAGGCCAGCUAUCGUACCAAGAGCUUUCUCUACGCCGGUCUGGGCGUCGGGCUCCUAGUCUGGGUUUGCAGCGCCACCGCAUUCGUCGUUUACGUCGUCCAGGUCUUCGGAGACUACACAUUCUCUGAGGAGACCGUCAGGUACGAGUUUGUGACUGUAGUUGUUCCUAUUGGCAAAUAAUAGGAUCGAAUGGCCUAACUGUAGGAAUGGGUUUACUUUGUCGCAUGAUCUUAGUUUUUCAACGAAAUGGUUCCUCCAAAAAGUUAUUCUCAACUUAGCAGACCCAUAAAGUGUAGGCCUACAUCCUUGACUUUAUUAUUAUUAUUAUAAUUAUUAUUAUUUAUUGAGCCAUUUCAACAAUAUGGAGAAAGGAAUAUUUAUGGCAUAAAGAGCUGCUUAAGCACAACAAGUAGCUUAGCACAACAAAUUGAUGCUUACCAGAUUAAGGUUACCAGCCCAAAUAAAAUAUCACAUGUGCCUGGUAUCCAGACAAUUGUUAUGAGCAUAAUUUAUGAAUUUGGGCUCAAUUUCCUUAAGGUUGUAAGCUCAACAAAUUGCUAAGCACAAAACAGUAUUGCUCAGCAGAAAGAGGUUACAGGCCAAAACUACCUUAACUUUGCAUCUUUUGUGACUGGUGCCUCACUCAUUUUUUGCUUAGCAGACAUUUGAUAAGCAGUAUUUUAUGCUUAGCAUUUUUUUAUGAAACUGGGCAAAGACGACUACAGCUGAGUUGCCUUGUGAUUCGUGAAGGCAGUGUGUGGUACUGCUUAUAUUUAUAUUGUGUGUGUAAAUGGGUUUAUAUAAUUCUAUAUAACGCUCAACAAAUUUGAACAAUGUAGACCAGCCUGUUAUGCAUCUGUGUUUACAACAGUUUAAAGCAGCUUAGUGUCGAGCUGUAGUGAUGUACUUACUGUACGUUGUAGAUAACUCUUGAGCAAGCCAAGAGUGGGAAGUGAAGCUGUAGGUCCUAUGUGUCGUGUAUGUUAAAAGAACCCACUUAAGGCCGAGUCACACUGCAGCAGUAACGAAAACGAUAACGAUCACGACGCAAAGAGAAUGGGCAUGUGCAUAUUCUGCGGGGAGCUAUUCAACCAAUAGAAGGCGUUCUCUCUGCGUCGUACCAAGGUUUGCCAUGGUGUUUCUGGCAGUGGCUGCUGCAUGCGCUGCAGUACUUUUAGAAGGUGCUACAUACUUACGGUUAUCAUAAUUAAAACUGUGUAUCAGAAGCCAGUAUUAUUAAUUUACCUUGAUUUUUUGACGGGGUAAGAUGAAAUAACAGUUAUCUUAAUAGUAUUCAAAAGUUCCAGUGAUUGUUUUCCGUAGUUGAUAAGAAAUAACAUUAUAUAGUGACUGCGUGCAUUUUUUAUUUGUUUAAAGGUGAUUACUUGUGUGUUAAAGUUGUGUUAAAUGUAAUGCACAUUAUUUUAAAAGUAUUUUGGUAAAAGUAUUAUUUUUCAUCGAACACCGACCUUUGAAAACCUUACAAUUCAAAACAAUACAUUUAAAAGAUUUGGGUACUUUUUCAAAAUGUCCAUAGAUUUACACUAAACUAACACAGUUUG